UGGGGGUAAUGGGAGCGUCAGUGGGGAGUGCCACCAAUGGCCGAGCAGCCAUCAGCGACUGGUCUCAUCCCCCCAUCCCACUUCAUGCUCCGCCCCCCCGGGCCCAACACCAGGACCCUGGAGGCGGAGCUUGAGGCCGAAAGGAGGCGGAGCCAAGCUCUGGAGGCGGAGCUUGAAGCUGAAAGGAGGCGGAGCCAAGCCCUAGGGGCAGAGCUUGAGGCCGAAAGGAAGCGGAGCCAAGCCCUGGAGGCGGAGCUUGAGGCCGAAAGGAGGCGGAGCCAAGACCAGGGGGCGGAGCCUAUUGGAGGGCAGCCCCAGGAGGCCCAGUUCCUGCUCCAGGCCCGGCUCAGCGCCAUGGGUCACAUCCUGGCCCUGCAGGAGAAGGAGCUGAACCGUGAGCUGCCCCCCCCAGGGGUGCCGUUGGCCGUGGCCCCCCCCCGUCUGCGCCUGCUCUUGGGGUGCUGGAGGGAGAAGGUCUUCGCGCUCCUGGUGCAGCUGCGGGUGCAGGAGGAGCUGCAGCGGGUGCUGAGCGCACAGGUGGGCAGCCUGGGGGCUGCGGUGGCUGCGGGGACCCGGAGGGUGACGCGGUUGGAGCUGAGGCUGAAGGAGAGGAUGGAGAGAGGAGAAGAGCAGAGACAGGAAAACCAGCGCCUGGUGCAGGAGGUGACCCAGCAGCAGGCACGGGCAGAGGCGGCUGAGGAGGCACUGGGGGAACUGGCCCGGGCAGCUGCCAGGCUCGCCAGGGUGCUGGCAGCGCACGAGACCGCGGUGGCUGCAGCCACCAGGACCAUGGACACCCUCAGCACCCGCCUGCGCCCGGGCAGGGCAGAGGCUCCGGGUGCUGCAGGGUAUGGAUAG